GUGGCGGCGGCGGCCGUGGCCCGGCGGCCUGGGGCAGAGUCAGAGUCGACGGUGGCAGCGGCAGCUGCUGCGGCUGCCGCGCCGGUGGCGACGGCCGCGGGGACUCGGAGCUGAGAGGAGCUGCUGCUCGGACCAGCGCGGUUAUAUUUCACACUAUGUGCUGACUGUAUCUACAGAAGAUAUUAAAAAAAAAAAAAAACUUUUUUCAGAGAUUUUGAUUCCAGUGGAAUCUUUGCUUUAGAUUUUGUGUGUGUGUGUGUGUUAGUAAAUUGUAACUCCAGAAGCAAUGCCUGUACAAGCUCCACAAUGGACGGAUUUCCUCUCCUGCCCAAUUUGCACUCAGACUUUCGACGAAACAAUUCGAAAGCCCAUCAGUUUGGGCUGUGGCCAUACUGUCUGCAAGAUGUGCCUGAAUAAACUCCACCGCAAGGCUUGCCCAUUUGACCAGACCACUAUCAAUACAGACAUUGAGCUCCUCCCUGUGAACUCAGCGUUGCUGCAGCUAGUGGGUGCUCAGGUUCCUGAGCAGCAGCCUAUUACUUUGUGUAGUGGGGUCGAAGAUACAAAGCAUUAUGAGGAAGCAAAGAAAUGUGUAGAAGAAUUAGCAUUGUACCUGAAACCACUCAGCAGUGCUAGAGGAGUGGGUCUGAAUAGCACUACUCAGAGUGUUCUAAGCCGCCCAAUGCAGAGGAAGCUGGUGACUCUGGUUCACUGCCAACUAGUGGAAGAAGAAGGCAGGAUUCGUGCCAUGAGGGCAGCUCGAUCAUUAGGUGAACGAACAGUUACAGAGCUUAUCCUCCAGCACCAGAAUCCUCAGCAACUUUCUUCCAAUCUUUGGGCAGCAGUCAGGGCUAGAGGCUGCCAGUUCCUUGGACCAGCAAUGCAGGAAGAAGCUCUAAAGUUGGUUCUUUUGGCCUUAGAAGAUGGAUCUGCUUUGUCAAGAAAAGUCUUGGUUCUCUUUGUGGUGCAAAGAUUGGAACCACGGUUCCCUCAGGCCUCUAAAACUAGCAUUGGGCAUGUUGUCCAGCUCCUUUAUAGAGCCUCCUGCUUCAAGGUCACCAAACGUGAUGAAGACUCUUCUUUAAUGCAGCUGAAAGAAGAAUUUAGAACCUAUGAGGCCCUGCGGCGAGAACAUGACUCCCAGAUAGUGCAGAUUGCUAUGGAGGCAGGUUUACGAAUUGCACCAGACCAGUGGUCCUCUUUGCUUUAUGGAGACCAGUCGCACAAAUCCCAUAUGCAGUCCAUUAUUGACAAGACCCCAGCAUCUUUUGCACAAAGUGUUCAGGAACUAACAAUUGCUCUCCAGCGGACUGGAGACCCAGCGAACUUAAACCGACUAAGACCCCAUUUGGAGCUGUUAGCAAACAUUGACCCUAGUCCAGAUGCUCCUCCUCCUACUUGGGAACAGCUAGAAAAUGGGCUGGUUGCUGUGCGUACGGUGGUACAUGGACUGGUGGAUUAUAUCCAGAACCACAGCAAAAAGGGAGCCGAUCAACAGCAGCCUCCACAGCAUAGCAAAUAUAAAACAUACAUGUGUCGAGAUAUGAAGCAGAGAGGUGGAUGCCCUCGCGGGGCCAGCUGUACAUUUGCACACUCUCAGGAGGAACUUGAAAAAUUUCGUAAAAUGAACAAACGCUUAGUUCCCAGAAGACCCCUGAGUGCCUCUUUGGGUCAUCUUAAUGAGGUUGGCCUGCCUUCAGCAGCUAUCCUUCCAGAUGAAGGUGCAGUGGAUCUGCCUAGCAGAAAACCCCCUGCUCUGCCAAAUGGAAUUGUAUCAGCAGGGAACACCGUCACACAGCUAAUUCCACGAGGGACAGACCCCAGCUACGAUUCUAGUCUGAAGCCAGGAAAGAUAGAUCAUCUGAGCAGUAGUGCCCCUGGAUCCCCUCCUGACCUACUGGAAUCUGUCCCUAAGAAUAUUUCUGCCUUACCUGUGAAUCCACAUCCUGUACCUCCAAGGGGGCCAACAGACCUGCCUCCCAUGCCUGUCACCAAACCACUUCAGAUGGUACCACGAGGUUCUCAGUUAUAUCCAACACAACAGGCAGAUGUUUAUUAUCAGGAUCCUCGGGGAGCUGCUCCACCAUUUGAACCAGCACCUUAUCAGCAGGGUAUGUACUAUACUCCACCACCACAGUGUGUGUCCCGCUUUGUCCGGCCUCCACCAUCUGCUCCUGAACCUGGCCCUCCAUACUUGGAUCAUUAUCCACCUUACCUCCAAGAUCGUGUAGUAAAUUCCCAGUAUGGCACACAGCCACAGCAGUACCCACCCAUGUACCCACCUCACUACGAUGGCCGUCGGGUAUACCCAGCUCAGUCUUAUACGAGAGAGGAGAUAUUUCGAGAAAGCCCUAUACCCAUUGAGAUUCCACCUGCAGCAGUACCAUCCUAUGUUCCAGAAUCCAGAGAAAGAUACCAGCAGAUUGAGAGUUACUAUCCAGUGGCUCCUCAUCCAUCUCAGAUCAGACCUUCAUACCUCAGAGAGCCUCCUUAUAGCCGUCUUCCACCUCCUCCCCAGCCCCAUCCUAGUUUAGAUGAGCUACAUCGCAGAAGAAAGGAAAUAAUGGCCCAACUGGAGGAAAGAAAGGUCAUCUCUCCACCUCCUUUUGCACCUUCACCAACAUUGCCUCCUACCUUCCAUCAAGAGGAAUUUUUGGAUGAAGACUUGAAGAUAGCUGGGAAAUACAAAGGAAAUGAUUAUAGCCAGUACUCUCCCUGGUCGUGUGACACCAUAGGCUCCUACAUUGGGACCAAAGAUGCAAAACCCAAAGAUGUUGUGGCAGCAGGGAGUGUAGAAAUGAUGAAUGUAGACAGUAAAGGAAUGAGAGACCAACGAUUGGAUCUUCAGAGAAGAGCAGCAGAAACCAGUGAUGAUGAUCUCAUCCCAUUUGGAGAUCGACCAACAGUAUCUCGGUUUGGUGCCAUCUCUCGAACUUCGAAAACAAUAUAUCAGGGUGCUGGCCCAAUGCAGGCUAUGGCACCUCAGGGAGCUCCUACAAAGUCUAUUAACAUUUCAGAUUAUAGUCCAUAUGGCACCCAUGGUGGCUGGGGAAGUUCCCCAUAUUCACCUCAUCAGAACAUACCUUCUCAGGGACACUUCAGUGAGCGGGAAAGAAUGUCCCUAUCAGAAGUGACCAGUCAUGGAAAACCCCUUCCAUCUGCUGAGAGGGAACAGCUACGACUAGAAUUACAGCAAUUGAACCAUCAGAUUAACCAACAGACCCAGCUACGUGGACUAGAGGCUGUUAGUAACAGGCUGGUGUUGCAGAGGGAGGCGAACACCCUGGCAGGCCAGCCACAGCCUCCACAACCACCUCCAAAAUGGCCUGGAAUGAUCUCAAGUGAACAGUUGAGCUUGGAACUGCACCAGGUGGAAAGGGAAAUUGGAAAGAGAACCCGGGAGCUGAGUAUGGAGAACCAGUGUUCCCUGGACGUGAAAAGCAAAUUAAAUACCAGUAAACAAGCAGAAAAUGGACAGCCAGAACCACAAAGCAAGGUUCCAGCUGAGGACCUUACAUUGACAUUCAGUGAUGUACCGAAUGGAUCAGCCCUGACACAAGAGAAUAUCAGCCUCCUGUCAAACAAGACCAGUUCCCUGAACCUAUCAGAGGACCCCGAGGGAGGAGGGGAUAACAAUGACUCCCAGAGAUCGGGAGUUACACCCAGUUCUGCUCCCUAAAAUAUGAGGAGUCCUACUUUUAUCUUCUGCUCCUAAUCAAUUUGUGGAGCCUAGGGGUAGGAGAAUGGAUAACUUCUAAACCUUUUCUCUAAGAGUGGUCAGAGAAAUCCAGGAAAAGCACCAGAGGCAAUGUGCAUAAACACCACUACUAAAACAAACCCUGCACAUAGUUCACAUUAAUGCAUUUUUUAAUUUAAGAAAAAGAAAAUUAGCAGUAUCUGCAAGCAGUUCAGAUUAAAUUUGUUUUUGUUCUGUGAAUGAACUUUAUUUUAAUAACUUUGGACGCCUUGGAUCCAGGGCUUUAAAAAAAAAAAGAAGAUAUUAUAUAUACACUCUGUUUGAUUAAUUGUAUGAUCUUAAUGAAGUAGGUUUUUCUUGUAUUUUGGUAUUAUUACAUACCCAGUGUAUAAUUCCUUAUCCCUAAACCUUUCCAGCUGUCACCACCCCAUAAACUAAAGCAGACAAAAAGCAUCGGCCUUUCUGAGAAUUCUGUGGUGCUUGAGAAACAGAGUCAGUCAUAGACUGAUAUUAGAAAAUGCGCAGCAAACGAACUUUCCCCAGAGCUGUUAUUUGGAAACUAUACAUUUUUUUUUUUGUUGUUGUUGUUGUUUUGUUUUUUACCUUUCUGGGUCAGUAGGUUCAUGUAUAGGUGUGUUUUUCUUAUGGCAUUAAAACUUGGGGUUUUUUGUUUUGUUGUUUAUAAGGGUUUUAUUUCUUGUUUUUACAGAUGAUUACCAGACAGCUCAUUUUCGAGGCCCCUUCUUCAUACCACUGAUGCCAUUUCAUUCUAUUAACGUAAUCAGAAGUCACAUUCAACAUUGAGAUUGUUCGAUUAGGUUUAAAUGGAGAUUACUUUAAGGAUGAACUAUUACUAACUUAUCAGCACUGAAAAUACAUAUUUGGCUCAUUGCCUGUAUUGAGCUCAUGGUUGGAAGUUUGGAGCUGUGUUUUCCAUAUUGACGUUUUGCAGAAAUCAUAGAAUGUUAAAAAACCAGAACAUGAACCAUGUUUUAAAACUGCAGCACUUGAUUUGAACAUAAAAUGAACAGAGGGCCACAUUAUUCCAAUAGAUGUUUUUGUUUUACCCUCAAAACCCAGAAGUAUAAAAUAAAAUCCUUUUAUAGCGGCACCCUUGGCUUUCAAAGAGAUUUGGCAAAUAUGAACUGCCUGGGUGUUAAGGAUAAUUUAUGGAUUGAUCAGUUGUUGCUGGGCAGAAUCGUUAGCACAAGUGUAGGUAAUAUACCCAGCAGUCAGUUUUCACAGACUUGGUUUCUUUGUGACAAUAUUGAAAAGAGCAAGGAAGAAAUUUUUGAUGAUUUAGUUCUGCUGCCUGUAUUCUGAUGCCAUGUGUCUAUACUGAACUAAGGCCCUAUAAAAGGUAUAGUCACCCUCCCCCAUCCUUUGGUUUGCCUGAUUUUAUUUCCCUUCUGGAUUAUACUACUAAAUCAGAAAGCACUGGUUAUGUAAUAAGUUACUGCAUUGCUUUGGUUGGGUAAAAGCAAGAGUUUAUAUUUUUCUUGUUUCUUUUUUUCUUAACCCUCAAUUCCUGCUGAGGUCAUAACAACCUCAGUCUAAGCUCUGUGCCCAUCCUAUUGUUAACUGAAAUAAAUGGGGGAAGGGGGCAAUACAGUCCUGCCAUUGCCUACCAGUAGGAGAGUCCAAACAGAACACUCUUUUGAGUAGCGAUUAUUUAAUUUGCCCAGUCAAGGCACCGUGUUAUAUACUAUUUCACAUUGAAUUUGAUUAUGCCCUACAGACCUGGCUGGUCAAGGAUUUGAUAUACACAUAUUGGCUUGGGAUUCGAGCUUUCUUUUUUAUUUAAAUAAAAAUUUAUAUAUAUAUUAUAUAUACAUAUAUACAUAGCUAUAUCUGUAUAUAUAUUGGGUAUGUUUUAAGGAUUUUUUCGCAUGAGUGCAGCUGUUGCGAUAAAAUGUCUGAUUGGGAGGUAGACACAAUGAAUGAAGAUGAGGCAUUUUUUUCAGUUGAUAUCCACAUUUUCCUUUUUUUUUUCUAAACUUCCUUUUUUACUUUUACUCAAAACCCUCUUACAUUUAUUCUUUAAGUGCUUAUUUUUUAUUGGGAGGAGAGAAACUUUUGCGUGUCUGACAGAGCCCCAAGAUUCUUCAUUUCUCUGCGUAACCAUAAAAGGUAACAUUCUUGGCCUCCAACCUUCUCUAGGCAGGUUUGGGCAGAUCUUAUUUCUCCUUUGGACUUGUCAGAUAAUGCCUAAAUUUUACAAGCAAUUGGUUCACUUUGGAACUCAUAAAUAUUCUGGUAUUAGAAGGAAAUCUGUGGGUAUUGAUUUUGUUGAAGUUCAGAGUAAAAGUUCUAUUCUGAGUAUCUGUUGAAACCCCUAAUAGUUCAGCCUCUGUUAAUUCUUGUUCUUAUUCUCUUCAGAUAUACUCUUUUUGCAUUCACCAUUUUGAUUUUAUGAGCUAGGCAGGAACAGGGAUUAAUUUAUACAGUAUUCUUUUAAACAAAUCCAGAAAGGCCACUGUUUAGACUUAAAAUAGUCUCUUUCACUUUUUAAGCAUUUCCAUUUGAGAAAAAAAGUUAUCUCUUAAAUUGUAGCCUGAAUUCUAGCUGUACUCUCCCAGGCCCCACACUCCAGAGGCGAUCUGGUUGGGUAAACAUGUGGAAGAAUGGUAAACUGUUCUGUUGUGCCUGUAACUUAUUUUAAAUUGAUCAUUCUGUCCUACCUCAUGGCAAUUUUUACAGCUUUCUUAGUGCUCACCAACAGGUUUAGGAAUUCAAUAAAAGCCCCAAAUUUUAUGGGAUUUUUCUGUUCUUUUCCUUUUCUCUGUGAUACACGUUGUGAUAUGAUGAGCCUGUAAGGGUAAGUGGCCAAUUUGGGCAUAACUGCUUUUUUUGUCAAAAUCUGUGAAAGGCAUUGCUUUUCCUGGCAUUCUUAUUUUUAUUUGUUCCUUUCGAGACAGUUAAGAGAUAAUCAGAUAGGAAAUACAGUUUUUAUGCCUUCUACUUUUUAAAAUAUUUCUUCUGAAGAUGACUUUAUUCAUCUCAGAUGAACGUGAACAAUUCUGAGAGGAUUAAGGUAGGAGUAAUAAAGCAUUGUGUUCACUCUUUAAAAAAAAAUCAGGAUUUUAUUAUAGCACAGAAUAUAAAAGCACUUCAACUUACUUUUUUUUUUUCAGAGGAUCUCUGGAAAAGGCUAGAAGAACUGAGAGCAACACAUCUAGGUUCAACUUCCUGCUUUAUACGAAGCUCUUUUGCCUUAUUUAUAGAUGUUGUCACAAGAUAGUACAACCGCUGCCCUGUCUUUGUGAUUUACAGAGGCUAAAAUGACCAAAGAUCUUUUCCUUGUUAUUUUUCUAAUUACAAAAAAAAUUAGUUAUAGCAUAGCUUUCUAGUAAUAUUAUUCAAAUGGGUAAGACACUAUUCCUAAUGCCAGCUACAAAUAUUCAGCUACUCAGAAUGCAUAAAAAUUAUUUGGUACAGAAUUAAUGUGGGUGAUUCCCUUCUCCCAUCUUAUUUCCCUCCCUUUUCCUAUUCUUUCCCGUUUAUUUAUUCUUUUGCCUAAAAGACAGAAAAUUGCUAUGAUUCUCAUUUGCUACUUUGAAUAUGUAACUCCAUCAGACUUUCCAUAGGUCUUCAGGGUUGAAGCUCAAAGUUUAACUCCUAAAUUUUUCCAUGACUGUGUAUUCUCCCCACCCCCACUCCCUGGCCCUUUCCGUCCUGCCAAUUCCUCUUAACUUACCACUGCCCUCCCCAAUCUGCAACAGUGACAGUUUGCUGCUUCAAAACAGAGCAUUCAAAUGAAUUCGCUUAGCCAAUAACUUCUGUGAAGUUGCCUUUUCUAAUGGUGUUAUUACUCAGUGAUACACAAAUGUGGUAUUUGCCCUACUGGUAGGCAAACAAAGGUCUGGUUAAGAAUGGUAACCUGCUGUUUUCUUUAAAGGAGAGCCAAAGACUUGUGUUUACUCUGUUUUGUUUUGGGGGAAGUAGUAGCCAUGUUGAUUGUGAAACCUGUUUAGUAUUUGUGAGUUGAUUGUGCUCUGCAAGUAUAGUCAUCUAAAGUUAACUGUUAAAGUUAGCUAGCCUUACAAAGUGUAAAAGUAAUGAAAAUUCAUCAGUUUCUCUAAACCAGUGAAUCUCAUCUUUUACAGUAUUGUAUGUAAGCAACCCCUCCCCCCCCCCUUUUCUGAGAUUAUCUUGUUAUGGUAGCAUGUUCUGUGUUUUAUGUUUUUUAACUUGUGCCGGAAUGACAAUCUAGUAUCACUAUGGUCAAGUCAUGAAACUGAGUAAAAGAAUUUUUGAACAUGUGACUGGUGAGAAAUAAUUAACUAUAGUCAGUAUGUGUUCAGAUUUAGCAAAAAGUCAAUUAUUUUCACUAAAGAGUAUUCAGUUACUAUUACUUACAUAUAGCAGUAAUAGAUGGAAGUCUUACCAUCUCUUUUCUACUUUCUUUUUGCUCGUUUUGAAGAAUUGAGUAAAGGUUUCAUUAUAAAAUCUUUUCUUAAAAAGUACACUUAAGAGCAAUGGCCAAUUACUUUUUAAAAUAAAUUAAUAACCUUUCUGACAAUUAACUCCAGUGUUUACUUAGGUCUGUAUCCUAUAAAAGUCCAAUUGUGUUUUUGUUUUAGUUGAUGAUAUAUGCCUAGGGUGUUGCAAGGUGACCUCUUCUGAAAAAUCUGCCUGUCCUUUUAAAUAACAGUCAGGCAGAACUAUUGAACUAAAGCAAAUUUUACUUUCAGCCUUAGGGAUUAAAAUAAGCAAGCAUUCUACUACUGACAUCAUUUUAUCUGAAUGCCCAUUUUGCUGGUCCACAUUCAUACCUUUCUACCUUGGACAGCUAUAUUUUUAGAUCCUAUUUAUUUGUUGCUUCAGCUCAGCUUUAUGAAAUUUUCCUGCUGAAAUGGCUUAUUGGGAAUUGAAGUUGGUUUGUAGUUAAUCUUAAAAAAAAAUUCUCAAUUCAGCCUUUCUGAGCCACUUGAAAAAGAAAUAGAAGUACAUUUUGCUAAAAGGUACUACUAGUUGUAGUAAACAACUUAAGAUUUGAAUUUUAAGAUUUCAUUUCUGUGAUUGCUAAAGAUGUUUUCAUACGUAGUAGGUUCUGAUUGAUAACACUAGCUGUAAUGGUAAUUAAGCCUAGGAAACUCCCACAACCAGGAGUAAUAACUUGGAAUAAUAAACGUGUUCCCAGUAUGUGGGUUUUCAGAACUGCACUGAACAAAGUGGGUAAGGAACCCUUUGAAAUCCUGAUGUGAUAAAGGGACUUACCUCACCACUGGAAUCCUUGUUUUCAGAGCCUCUGGAUUUUCAGCUAAACACUGAAUUUCUCCUAAACCAUAUCCCUGGGCUAAACAUCCCUAGAGUAAAAACCUUUGUUUUCACCAGAAAAUAAGGCAUAAUAACCCAAAGGGGAGAACUUAAACCUCUAAACAAAAUUGUCUCCAGAAAUACAUAUUUAGGAAAAUAAAAUCCUGUGGAAUUUACAUUAGAUAUUAGAUAAGUGACUUACUUUAUUGUAUUGAGGCCUUGCUGUUUCUGGCUGGUUUUUGUUUCUUUGUUUUAAACUACAAAUAGACAGAGGUCACAAGUCUUUGGCAUCCAUUAAAGGUUGUACGCUCAGAGUCAUCUUAUAACUGGAAACUGUCAGGUGUCCUCACCUCACCCCAGCCAGUGUAUGAAAGGGUCAAGAAAGUAUGGAAACAAACUGUUAGGUGGAUAAUUGGUUGCCUGAUUUUUUUUUAAAUCACCAUUUAUUAGUGUAAUCUCUCCCCAUUGAUUGGCUGCCAUUCUCACAAUACCUGAACCAUGCCAUAAAAUAUUCCUUGGAAAGGCAUUUUAAGCUUUUGCUUAUCAUUUUUAGGUCUUCUGUUCAACUAAGACAUUGUCUUGAAAGCUACUCUUUCCAGGUGUUCUCUUGCCUAAAUUUUCACACAUACUCCCCUUUCAUCCUUCCUCCUCUUCCCACCUUCUGGGAAUGAAAGGAACUUGGGGGGGGGGGUCCAUUUUUUUCAUUGGUCCAUGGGCCUCAUUAUCUUACUUUGUAAUGAAUCUAUGACUUUUUGCAACAAGAGCCAUGGAAAAGUGAAUUAAGAUAAUGAACAAAAGAUAAUGCCCACUGAAACAUUUUCCAGUUGUGAGAUUCCUCUUCUCGUGUGUGUGGUCUCUAGCCCUUGUCGGCCCUUCUUCCCCUUUUCCCUGACUAUGGUCAAUUUGGUCUUUAGGCUCAUACCAGUCUCCCCGAGACAUUCUGCAGUCAUUAUCACCUUUUUGGGUGGAUUUUAUUUUGUUUUGUUUUGUUUUUAAAAAAUAACUUUUUAACAUUGAUGCAUAUUUGCUUGGGAUAGAGCUUGUGUAAUUUACCAAUCGUAUUGAUUGUAUGUGAUUGUGCCCUGCAGAGGUAUAUUUAACAAGACAAAAAUAAUCUAGGUUAAUAAAGGAGCCCAUGAGAUUUGAGUCAGGUUGUAAGUGACUUCAUGAAAUCACUUAGAGUUUUGGAUAGUGAGAAUUUGUAUCUCCUGUUCUUAUAAAUCAGUGCCAGACAAAAUACCAGUUUUGAAAGUUUUCUUGCAUUCCUGUUUUUAUUUUCCUGUCACAGCUUCCUCUUCUUUCCUGCCUGCCUCCACCCAUUUGUUCCGAAAUUAAAAAUAUUGAGCCUUAAAGUGAUUGCUGAUUUUUAAAUUGCUGGAUUUUGUGAAAUUUUACCUUUUCCAAGUGUUUCCAUCUUAAAAAAAAGAAAGCAAAGACAACUAGAUAAUGAGUUGGAAUUUCACAAUCUAUGAAUAAUUCCUUAGCAUCUGGCAAACUGUGAAAUCUUACUUGAAGACUUUAUCUCCUGAAAGUUUGUUUGGAAUAGGAAAAAGAACCGUGUUUGAAGUGGACCGUUUUCCUCUCUUUUAUAAUCUGUUCAUAUUUCCAGUUUUUAAGCAGCCUUCAAAACCAGCGAGGUUGAAGAACAAAAGAAAUAGUAGUGGAAAGAUGUCAGAGCGGCACCUCUGGGUCUGAAAAAGGACAUGUUCCACUUGUGGCAGAUUUUUGAAUGGAUUAGG